AUGGCUGGUGGUGGAGGUCCAACGGCUACAUUCUCAGUCUGGGACUAUGUGGUGUUUGCCGGGAUUAUUUUGGUAGCUGCUGGCAUUGGGCUCUUUCAAGCUUUCCGAAGCCGUAAGGAUAACAGCAGUAUUGAGUUCUUGCUGGGUGGCCGCCAGAUGACAGCAGUGCCAGUCGCCAUGUCCCUCACGGCCAGUUUCAUGUCUGGGAUCACGGUGAUUGGCACUCCUGCGGAGGCCUACAAAUAUGGCACGGCAUUUUGGCUCUUUGCCUUCUCUUACACCAUAAUGUCUGCCAUCACUGCAGAGAUCUUUGUGCCUCUGUUCUAUCGCCUGGGCAUCACCAGUACAUACGAGUACUUGGAGCUGCGCUUCAAUAAGGUUAUUCGAGUGAUCGGAACAUCCAUGUACAUAGUCCAGACAGCUUUGUACACAGGCAUGGUUAUCUAUGCUCCAGCGCUUGCCCUCAAUCAGAUUACUGGCCUGGAUCUUUGGGGAGUGCUGGUGGCCACAGGAGUCGUCUGCAUCAUCUACUGCACUCUGGGAGGCCUGAAGGCAGUGAUAUGGACAGAUGUGUUCCAGAUGGUCGUUAUGCUGGCCGGGUUUGUAGCAGUCAUCGCUCGUGGGGCCGUGCUUCAGGGAGGCCUGGGAAAAAUCUGGGAAGAUAACUACAAUGGUGGACGCUUAGACACGUUUAGUUUUGAUCCAGAUCCUCUGAAACGGCACAGUUUUUGGACAAUAGUUGUUGGGGGUAGUUUGAUGUGGGUGUCAAUGUAUGCCAUUAACCAGUCACAGGUGCAGCGCUAUAUCUCCUGUAAAACUAUGACCCAUGCCAAAAUGUCUCUGUAUGUAAAUAUGGUGGGAUUGUGGGUUACUGUGAGUCUGGCAAUAUUAUCUGGCCUCACCAUGUACUCUAUCUAUAAAGACUGCGAUCCUCUUACUAACAAAGAUGUUGGUUCUUCCGACCAGCUCCUACCAUAUCUAGUGAUGGACAUUCUAGCAGAAUUUCCAGGCGUUCCUGGCUUGUUUGUAGCAGCUGCAUACAGUGGAACUUUAAGUACGGUAUCAUCCAGCAUUAACGCUCUGGUGGCCGUCACAGUGGAAGACUUUGUGAAACCUAUGUGGCCCAAUCUGAGUGAAAAGCAGCUGUCGUGGAUUAACAUGAGCAUGAGUGUUUUUUUUGGGGCUUUGUGCAUUGCUAUGGCAGCAGUUGCCUCUUUGAUGGGAAGUAUAUUGCAGGCUGCCUUGUCUGUAUUUGGUAUGAUCAGUGGACCUCUGUUGGGGCUUUUCGUUCUGGGCAUGUUCUUCCGUUGUGCUAACCCCAUUGGUGGCCUGACUGGGUUAAUAACUGGCCUGAUUAUAACCCUGUGGGUGGGCAUUGGCGCUCAGGUGUACCCUCCUUUACCGAAUAAGACCAAACCACUUGCCCUCAGUGUGGCAGGAUGUGAUUCUGGAAACACAAACAUAACCACUACAGUGGCAGCAUGGACAAGUACAGCCCUACCGACCACAGAGUCAAGCAUUGUGAGACCAGCUCUUGCAGAUUCCUGGUACUCUUUGUCCUACCUGUACUUCUGCCCUCUGGCCUUGCUGGUGACGAUGAUCACUGGGCUAAUCGUCAGUGCCAUCUCAGGUGGCUGUAAACAAGAGAAGAUAAACCCAGAGAUGUUUGUUAGGAAGGAAGACCUCAUCUGCUUUGGCUGCAGUAGAACGUGCACUAAGAACCCUGCAUCAGACUUGAUUGAGAAGGUAGGGCCAGAACAUCUGUAUGGCUUGGACAAUCCUCAGUUCACUGACAGUGAACUGAAACUGAAGGACAGUGACAAGAGCACCAAGUUAUAAACUAUUUUUCUGUCACUACAUUAGAAUGAAUUUAUUCAUGAUACUGUAAAACUUACAGUACUGGCUACAGGUUGGUUGAAAUAAUUUUGUCCUGAGACAUAGAACCACUGUAACUAGGACAGUGGUCAUUUUUUUAAAAAGAAAAUUUAAUCAAAUACUUAAUUAUAAUUUUAAACAGCUUUCUUUGUAAUGGGAUGUGUAUUCUUGGGUAACUUUUUAUAGUUGAAAUCUCAGGGCAGCCUAUUUAUUAUUAUUUUUUUUUAUCUUGAAUUAAGUAUUAUUUGUAAUGCAAUAUUCAGAGACUGAUUGUAGAUGGCAUGGUGGGGCAAUUGUUAGAACUGCCCGUUAAAUGUGUGUGUGUGUGUGUGUGUGUGUGAGAGAGACACCCUGUGAUGGACUGGCGUCUUAUGCAGGGUGUUUUCCUGCCUCAUGCUCAGCACACCUGUGAUAGGCUCCAGAUCCACUUGACCAGGACAAUGUACUUAUAGCAGAGGAAUGAAUGAAUAAAGUGAUUGUGUUUUUGUAAUUAUACAAUUAAAACAAAAAUAUACAAGUAAA